CAGGAUCUUCCCGCAGUACCCCCAGCCAGUAUGCGGACUGCUGACAGGCUCUCUUAUUCGGAGGUAGUCGGCGCCAUGCUGGGUAGUGAUGCUUUACUACACAUUGAGGAGGGGGACUACGCCACUUACCGUCACAUAUAUUUGAUGCCUCCAUUGACGGGAGCUCAUAUCCCGAUGAUGAGGCCUGCCGGUAUAUCAUCCUCGGGCCAGGCUCGGGCUCGGGCUGCAGACGCCCCUUCUACUAGCAGGGCCGGUACAUCUAGAGGUGGGAGUAGACCGGUUCCUCCGGCUCCAUCGACUCAUCCUCAUCCCGGAUGGCCAGAUAUGCCUACUGAGUUGAUGGCAUGGCAGUAUGGGGCUAGCUUUCCGACUCCGAUUCCACUAGAGCCUCCGAUGCCCAGUGAUCGAUACGCCAUUGAUCCGGACUCACCGCCGCCAUCUCGAGGGUACAUGGAGGAGGUGGUCGGACUGGUGGCCACACUCGAAGGCAUGGUCCUGCGUAGGGAGGCACAGUUAACCUUCUCAUCACCGACCCCCUCACUCUAUCUCAUCAACGACUGUGAGAGUCUUUCUCCCAAUCCAGAACCUUCUCUUCUCGUCGCCGAUCUCCUUCACUUUCUCUCUUCUCGUUGUUGA